AUGUACACUGGAGUAGAGAGUGGGAACAAAUACGAGCGAAAUCUUCUCGAAGGAUGUGAGUGGUAUUCGGAUGCCUUUGAAUACAGCUUUAUCGAUGGCGACAGAACCUGGAAAGUCGCUAGAAUCAUGGCACUGAUAUCUGGCGCUGCCAGUAUCACAGCAACAAUGACAUCAUGGCUUUUCCUGUUCAGUCCUUUACCUGUUUCGCUUUUCUGGCCAGGGCUGCUUUUACCAGCCGUCCUGGUUGCGUUUCUGGCUGAAGGUUCCAAGUUUCUCAUGUUCGACACAGCGGUAUGUCGAACCGCUCUGUGGGCCCCAACAGGCGUAGAGUCGUUGCCACAGCGAGCAGAGUCUUGUGAUUUAGGGGGAACAGCGGUUCAUACCAUUAUAUCAGGAUGUAUAUUCUUCAUUUCCCUCAUGUUUGUAUGCCUCAAAGCACCCGACAAAAGGCCAUUGGACGAAGACUUUGGAAGAAACUACGACGACAAAGAGCCUCCACCAGACGCUUACAUAGAAUCUAGAAUGAAUGAUGGUGGAGUUGAUUGUGAAUCACAAGACAGCUUUCCUCGGGGAAGUGAUGUCUACAUUGUGGGAGAAGCAGCUAGUCACACGGAUCGAUCAGUCGGAGACUUUGAAUCAGUGGGUGGUCGUAGUGUACACAGCGGAAGAAGUGGGAGAAGCGGCCGUAGUGGUCGAAGUAGACGGAGCGGACUGGCUAACACACGGAAACCACUCGAGCUCAAGACAGUGCGCUCAGAAUCCUCGAGAUCUAGCGCAAACAGCGACAAUUUCUCCUUUGGCCAAGGUCGACAUACAGCUUAUGACGGAGGAAGCCGAGAUGGCAGAGAAUCUAGAUCUGCUCGACGAAGUCCGGAGGAUACUUUACGUGAGGGCAUUGUGGACCCUUCCGACCCAGCCAAGCUUCAUCCACACGGCAAUCGAUUAGAUUCUAGCUUUAGCGACCGAAUGUCAGCAGCGGAGAUUGCCAUCCGGCGGUCAGAGCAGCAACGAAUUUCAGAAAGCAGAGUGUCCAAAAUCGAAAGGAUGGAGCUCUCAACAACCACAUCUGAUUCCGAAGACAUGAUCGAGAAGUUCGUUUCAGACCUCAAUCUGUCUUUCCAACAAGACGAGGCCGAAUCAGAACUCCCAAGCAGCAUGUUGGACAUGCCGUCGUUAGGAGGAGGACCGGGGAAGAGAAGCUACCUAUCCUAG